AUGCACAUCGGCUCGAGAACCGCUGCCUCUUCGUUCGGCAUUUUCAAGACCUUCACUUUGUUACAAAUCGCGCAAACCUUUGGCUGGUACAUCUUCUCGGCAUGGUGGUUCACUCAAGUCUACGUAUGGUCGUCUUCGGGUGAUUCUAACCUCGCGCUUGUGAAAUGGGGCAGGCCACAUGAGCGACCAACUAUGAACGAAAGACCGAUUUACCUUAAUUCCUUCCAUGUGUUCCUAGCAUGUGUGCAAGCAGUGUUCCACCUCUACUACGACUAUGACCAGAUUGCAGUGCCCAUCGCGGAACGAAGCUCCAGAACGAAUGACGAGCGUACUCACCCUGUACCAUCAACCUCCAAGUAUCUACAGCGUGUUCUGCCGCAAAUAUUGGCGGCCGGGGCUCUCAGAAGCGUCACCGUUGCUGCAACGUCUCUCGUGAUAUACCCCAUAUUCUUUAGACGUUUUGCCUGGAGUUGGUCUCUGUACUUUGCCAAGCUCUUUUUCAGCUUCCCGAGAUCUGCAGCCGAACCUCAGAGCUUCGUCCCAUCGAUUUUCCCUUACUUCUUCUUCAAAACUUUGGUUCCCGGAGUGCUGCUUGUUCUCUCUUGGCAAACCGCCAACCUCUUCUAUUCUGUAUUCAUCGGCAAGGAGCCUUUGAAGCGUGGCCAGCCACUCACAACAGAAGCUAAGGAUCCCAAUGGCAGCCUUAUUAGUGGCCUCAAGGCGAAGAAGGAAGUUGUGAAGACCUUCGCGCUCUGGGAACUCAGCCUCAUCAGCCAACGCAUUCCCGACCGCCGGAAGGCAAUUUUCAAUGAAAUUGAUCGCGAGGGUGGCUCGGCUUGGUCUCAGGUUCUUGCUUGUACCACCGAUGUAAUCAAGGCCAUCAACACUCGCAUCGAGGAAAGCAAAAAUCCCGCGCCUGUCACCAAGCCUUUGCCGCAAGCCAAGAAACCUGAGCCUGUUCUUCAAACUCUCCCACGACUCUCAGAACCGAUCAAAGAUGACAACAUCUUCACUACUGCCCCAAAGGCUACUUCACGCCAGGACAAAUUUGGCGAUGCGUUUAGCUCGGCGGCUAAAUCCAUCGGUCAGUCAGAAGACUGGACUCCAACUGCGCGAGCUCGAGUCCGUGAUGUUUUCGAUCGAGCGUCGUCAGCAAUGCUUAGCCCUGAGCAGAAACAGAAAUAUCUCAGCUCUCCUCAGAAGUUCAAACUACUGACUGGUAGCCCCUCCACAACUCAUAGACCCGAUGACAUGAACCCAGUUCUGGCGCAGAUUCUUCGUUCGCCUAUCGGCCAGCCUUUGCGUCAAACAUACGCUCAGCGCCUGUCUUCUAUUGUUCUCGGCACACCAGAGUCCUCUCUAUCCUUGAUUGUGGACGCUGUAGAGUCGUUGACUCGACUCCUCAUUGCAAGCUUGGCCGAAGACCCGUAUGGCAAAGUUCAGGCCGAUGUGCCCUCAGUUGUGCGACUUCUGACCCAAACCACCCUGGCCCUAGAUGCGUUUGCCCAUCAGGGUGGAUUGGAUGCCCACUGGACUGAUAUCAACUUCCCCCCAUCGAGUGAUCCCCAGGCACAAUCAGUUGCCCGUCUGGUUCCAGAUGUUGAAGUCGUGCUUGGUACACUCCGUGGUGGUCUGAAGGAUCUACUGACGGCCUUCAGACCUUAUUUGCGGGAUAUCGGUAUCGCAGGCAAGGAUCUGAGGCUAGCAAAGGAGGCAGCUGGCAUCGAUGGAGAGGAGGUAUUAUGA